UAUAUAUACGAGCUCACCACCAUUGGAUUGCUUACAGAAGCUCGUGAUUUAGCCGACAGCGACUCGCAAGCAACGGCCUUUAGCUCCGGAAGCGAAAAUCCCAUGACAGAUCAGAAAGGUCAGGAGGGAAUAAAGGUUGUGAUCAUCAACACUCAGUACGUCCAGACCGACCCCAAGAGCUUCAAGUCGGUCGUGCAGAAGUUGACCGGGAAGGAUUCGAAAGUGCCCGGUUCGCCGGACGCCAAGAGCUGCACGGCGGGGACAGGAGGAGCUCGAUCAGGCGUGGGGGAUAUCGGCGGCAUGUCGAGAAACUUACCCUUCAAGUACGACCUGGACAGGAUGCUUAAGGAGAUGCCGCCUGUGAGGGAGUUCAACGAUCUGUGGAGUAACUGAUUCGAUUUUUCGUGUUACCGCGGUUUUUUUGUUUCUUGAGAUAUUGUUUUGUUCAUUGGAGCAGUGUUCGAGUCAUAUAACUAUCAGUUUAUGAAAUUGAUUCGUAUAAAGAUGCAGCAAACCUUAAGUGGGUGCUUCAGCUCCUAAUCCUACUCUGGUUUUGUUGCAUCAUUCUGUAAAUCUAUUUUAUGAGCUAGUGUUUUAUAUCUCAGACUAUUUACUAUUUGCGCUCGCGCGUAUAUAUGUACAUA